AUGUCCCAUAAUGAAAAUCCUACUGAUAAGAGAGAUGGACUUGGUAGGAGUGUUGCAGGAAUUAAGCCUAUUGAAAAUAGGCUUGCAUCAAGCUUUCGGGAUGAAUUGCAUAUAUUUAAAAGUGAACAAAAAAUUGGUGAAUUUAAUCAAGCUGACAAGAAUAUCAACAGUAGUGCCUCAUUUUCACCACCUCAGACAGUUACUCCUGUUGUCCAGACAAGCAUUUCUGAUACAAAUGGGAACGAUUUUGUGCAUCCUUCAGUACUGACACAAGACCAGAGGGCACACAGGGAACAACCUUACAAAUGUAAUGAGUCUGGCAAAACCUUUCAUCAGGUCUCAAACCGCACUCGACAUCAGAUCAUCCAUACAGAAGAAAAAUUACAUAAUUGUGAUGUAUGUGGCAAAGUUUUUAGUCAAAAUUCAGACCUUGCAGUUCAUCAGAGAACUCAUACCGGAGAGAAAUCUUACAAACAUAACGUGUGUGGCAAAACCCUUGAUCAUGGCUCACGCAUCACUGGACAUCAGGUAAUCCAUACAGAAGAGAAGUUUUAUAAAUGUGACAUGUGUGAAAAAGUCUUUAGUCACAAAUCAAACCUUGCAGUUCAUCAGAGAAUUCAUACUGCAGAAAAACCUUACAAAUGUAAUGUGUGUGAUAAAGUGUUUAAUCACAACUCGAAUCGUAGAAGACAUCAGUUAAUCCAUACAGGAGCAAAACCAUAUAAAUGUGAUGUAUGUGGCAGAGUCUUUAAUCGAAGUUCAAUCCUUGCACAUCAUCAGAGAAUUCAUACUGGAGAGAAACCUUACAAAUGUAACGAGUGUGGGAAGGUCUUUAGUCGAAAAGGAACCCUUGCAAGUCAUCAGAGAAUUAUACUGGAGAGAAACCUUACAAAUGUAAUGAGUGUGGUAAAACCUUUUAUCACAGCUCAAUCCUCGCUCGACAUCAGAUAA